AUGGCGAUUACCCAAAGUGCCUGCGGCAAUGAAUGUAAGUUCAAGUUGAGCCUGUCCAACAGCCUAACCCUAACCCGUUUUCUGCGUGAGAGAAUACACCUGACCCGAGCCACGAAGAAGACCAUCCAGGCUGAAAUGGACUCCACUUUGGCCCAGAUCCAGUCCACCUUCAACGAAGCUGACCGAACCCGGAUCACCCAGCACAUUGACCACUGUUGCCGCCGAGAGUUUGAUAAGUGCAAGGCCCGCCAACUCACCAAGCUCCAAGACCUAGCCGAGCAGAGCCUCAACUUCACCGUCACCCCUCACCGCGUACCGGCAAUGGAGAUCGUGGCUACUGUGGAGACAGCAUUGCAGAAGCUUGACCCGGAAACAGCUGAUCUGUUCCGCAGUGAAGUCAACGCCACCUUAUGGAGAGCACGCCCGCCCAGGAGUAACAUCAACCAGGAGCAACGCAUCACCCUGAAGGCUCUACAGGAGGAUCGUUCCAUCGUGAUCCACCCCACCUACAAGGGCCGUGGCAGCGUGAUCCUCGAUGCCGACACAUAUCGGGACAAGAUGAGCGAGCUCAUCUCCAUGGGCCCUUACCAGAAGUUGGCAAAGGACCCCACCGACCAGCUCUGCAGGAAGAUCACAGCCCAGCUGCUCGCCCUCAACAAGACCAGAGGUCUUGACGACACCACAGACCGGAAGCUAUGCCCCAUCAGCAAGCAGCCCCCCAGGAUGUAUGGUCUACCCAAGAUCCACAAGCCGGGGACGCCCUUGAGACCCAUCGUUUCAUGCGUGAGCUCCUUUGCCUACAACCGCUCCAAGCAUCUAGCCGGGAUCGUGUCACCACUGACCGGCAACACACCAAACACCAUGCCCAACUCCACAGCCUUCGCAGAGUUCCUCCGCGGGCGGCACAUCGACAGCCAUGAGGCGUUGAUCUGUUUCAACAUCAAGUCGUUGUUUACCAAAAUCCCCAUAGGCAACGCUUGCUGUGUGGCCCUUCGUCGCCUGGAGGAAGACCCUGAGUUGCCUGACUGGACAUCGAUCUCCCAAACCAAGACUGUCUCCCUACUAGAGUUUGUCCUGCGCUCCACGUAUUUCCUGUACAGUGGAGCGUAA